AGAAAAGAAAAAGGAGAUCCUCUAAACAUUGCAAUUGAUAAGAUGACCAAGAAAACAAGGGAUCUAAGGAGACAGCUUCGGAAAGCAGUGAUGGAUCACAUAUCUGAUUCUUUCUUGGAAACCAACGUCCCUUUGCUAGUUCUCAUUGAGGCUGCAAAAAGUGGGAAUGAGAAGGAAGUGAAGGAAUACGCCCAGGUUUUCCGUGAGCAUGCCAACAAGCUGGUGGAGGUUGCCAAUUUGGCCUGUUCCAUCUCCAACAAUGAAGAAGGGGUGAAAUUAGUUCGGAUGGCAGCCACCCAGAUUGACAGCCUGUGUCCCCAGGUCAUCAAUGCCGCUCUCACACUGGCUGCCCGGCCACAGAGCAAAGUUGCUCAGGACAAUAUGGAUGUCUUCAAAGACCAGUGGGAAAAGCAGGUCCGAGUGCUGACAGAGGCUGUGGAUGACAUCACCUCAGUGGAUGACUUCCUUUCUGUCUCAGAAAAUCAUAUCUUGGAGGACGUGAACAAGUGUGUGAUAGCCCUUCAAGAGGGGGAUGUGGACACUCUGGACCGGACUGCAGGGGCUAUCAGGGGCCGGGCAGCUCGAGUCAUACACAUCAUCAAUGCUGAGAUGGAGAACUAUGAAGCUGGAGUUUAUACUGAGAAGGUGCUGGAAGCUACAAAAUUGCUCUCUGAGACAGUGAUGCCACGCUUUGCUGAGCAAGUGGAGGUUGCCAUUGAAGCCCUGAGUGCCAACGUCCCUCAACCAUUUGAAGAGAACGAGUUCAUCGAUGCUUCUCGCCUGGUAUACGAUGGCGUUCGGGACAUCAGAAAGGCUGUGCUGAUGAUCAGGACCCCAGAAGAACUAGAGGAUGAUUCAGACUUUGAGCAGGAAGAUUAUGAUGUACGUAGCCGGACAAGUGUUCAGACGGAGGAUGACCAGCUCAUUGCAGGGCAGAGUGCACGGGCCAUCAUGGCACAACUACCGCAAGAGGAGAAGGCAAAAAUAGCUGAGCAGGUGGAGAUAUUCCACCAAGAGAAAAGCAAGCUGGAUGCUGAAGUGGCCAAAUGGGACGACAGCGGCAAUGAUAUCAUUGUGCUGGCCAAGCAGAUGUGUAUGAUCAUGAUGGAAAUGACAGACUUCACAAGAGGCAAAGGCCCGUUGAAAAAUACAUCUGAUGUGAUUAAUGCCGCCAAGAAAAUUGCCGAAGCAGGCUCUCGAAUGGACAAAUUAGCCCGAGCUGUAGCUGAUCAGUGUCCUGAUUCAGCAUGUAAGCAGGAUUUAUUAGCCUACCUUCAACGAAUUGCCUUGUAUUGCCAUCAACUUAAUAUCUGCAGCAAGGUGAAAGCUGAAGUACAGAAUCUGGGAGGAGAGCUCAUUGUGUCAGGGCUGGACAGUGCCACAUCGCUCAUCCAGGCAGCUAAAAAUCUGAUGAAUGCUGUUGUCCUCACGGUGAAAGCAUCUUAUGUGGCCUCAACAAAAUAUCAGAAGGUCUAUGGGACAGCAGCUGUCAACUCACCUGUUGUGUCUUGGAAGAUGAAGGCUCCAGAGAAGAAGCCCCUUGUGAAGAGAGAAAAGCCUGAAGAAUUCCAGACGCGAGUUAGACGAGGUUCUCAGAAGAAACACAUUUCGCCUGUACAGGCUUUAAGUGAAUUCAAAGCAAUGGAUUCCUUCUAGGACGAUAGGCUUUAACAAGAAAGCUUUUUCUUUCUUUUUCUUUUCUAUUCUUUUCUUUUUAAUUCCAUUUUUGUAUGUAUACCUGCUGACUCAUAUGCCUCUGGCAUGGGGAAAUAAGGGAGCAGUGUCUGUUUGCAUGUAAGAUAAGAUGUGAUCAAUACUGCUGAUCCAUCUGUAGCCCAGGGAGGGGACAGGGAGUUCCUGUCCCAAGGUGGCACAGAGCUGUCCUUUGCAACAUUCUCAUAAAAUUGGGCAAAG